AUGUCCUCAGUCCCACCUUCAGAGUCUCCGGUCUCUCCAAAAGUCUCUCCGGCAACUGCUUCGGCCCCAAUCGCAACUACCCCUUCUUCCGCGGCCUCUCUCCGCGGGACUACCCCGGCCACUUCAGAACCCCUUACUACUGCUGUUUCUGACGUUGCUGCUCUUGAAGUAUCAACACAGACUACUAAAACAACAGAAGCCAUUGAAACAACAUCAACUCCCAUCCCAUCUUCUACAUCUACCACAUCUACGUUAGCUCAAUCUCCUAAAACCCCUGCUACCCCAAUCUCAAAGAAUACCGCCACUUCAGAAAUACUGUCAACCCCUCCACAAACCCAUAUUGAAUUGGCCUCCAAAAAUGCAUCUGAAGAUUCUUCUGCAAUUGUCGCCUCUCCUUCAAGCUCCACUUCAGCUGCACACUCAGUCUCUUCUCCUACAGGCUCUGUCCCUGCAUCAGUGGCUUUUGUCACAAGUAACUGGAUGGACGUGCAAAUGAAUGAACUUGUCCAACGUGAAAACCUUGUCUACGUGGAUGGCGACACAACCGUUGAAAAGGCAUUUGCAACUCUCGAUCAAUACAAGUUCACCUCUCUCCCCAUCAAGGUCCACCCAGAGGACCCCUCUGUGUCAGACACUUUUGAUUAUGCAGAUCUCAAUGCCUAUCUGCUUAUGGUUAUGGGCCUCAUUGAACCAGUCAAUACUAGCAAAGAAUUUGCUGAAUAUGUCAACAAGGCACGCUCUGGACAAGUAGUCCCCGUUAGCUUUGCAGCCCAUUUGGGCGUUAAGAACGAGCUCAUUUCUCUCAAAUCCACAGAUACAAUUGCCUCCGCUGUUGAGAUUCUGGGCGCAGGCGUCCACCGCAUUGCUAUUGCGGACGUGACCGACCCCCGCAUUGUCGUUGGCAUUCUGUCACAGCGAAGACUUAUUCGCUUCAUUUGGGAACACAGCCGCCGCUUCAAAACUCUCGACCCGCUCUUCCAAACUUCUCUCUCAGACUUGGGCAUUGGUCCCAAAAAAGUUGUCUCUAUCAAUGGCGACCGUCCUGUUAUUGACGCCUUUAAAAUCAUGCACGACGAUGGCGUUUCUUCCAUGGCUGUCACUGAUAACCAUAAUAACUUACUUGGAAAUAUUUCCAUUGUCGACGUCCGCCUGAUAACAAAGUCCUCUCAAAAGCACAUGCUCCGCACACCUUGCAAGCAUUUCCUCAGCAUCAUUCUCAACGAGCGUGGGCUCCAUGAUGGCCAGGAUUCAUACCCUGUUUUCCACGUCACUCUCGGAACCUCGGUCGGCCGCACCAUUGCCAAGCUUGUUGCCACCAAGGCCCACCGUUUAUGGAUUGUCCAACCUCCAGCCCCACCGUCGGCUCCAUCCUCGGCUUCGUCUUCUUCUUCAACUCCUGCCUCUCCAGCACCACAGACCCCAUCUUCUUUUAGCAUUGUCAACACAACUGCGGGUCAGCUCAUUGGUGUUGUUUCGCUCACAGAUAUUAUUAACAUUCUGGCAAAGCAAGUGGGUAAGGCUAAUCUGGAUCCCCAUGCGGCGCGUCGUCAACGCCGACGCAGUUCAUCGAGCAGCUCGCGUUCAUAUGACAAGUUCCGAAGAAGUAUUUCGAUUGAGAGACAUUCUGGUCGAUGA